AUGCAACAGCUCGCCCCACAGAACCCCAACAUCGCCGUGUGGCCACAGUUUUGCGUGAACGGACCUACUACCCUCAUUCUGCAGGAGAAGGCCUUCUCGUUCACUGGCGAUGACUUUCGGAUAUGCGACCAGAACGGGGUCGCAGUUGUCGUUUGCCAGGGACAGGGCAUGUCGCUACGAGGCAGAAAGGUCAGUACCAAGAUGGAAGCAACCUUCACGAACGCUGUAACCGGCCAACCCACCAACAUAUACCUGCAUGGCGAUAUGUUUGGCGGAUUUGCGGUUCUCAGCUUGGGCGAAGGUGGCCCACCGAUCGCUCAGAUCACGAGGGACUUUGCGAGUGCUCGAGACAUCUUCAUCAACGCUCAGACUUACGCUGUGAAUGUUGCUCCCGGGGUCGACCUCGCUCUCAUCGCUGUGCUGUGCAUCGCUAUGGAUGAGACACGCGAGGCAGGGCGGAGAUGA